CCAGGUGAGCGCCCCGCCCGCUCAGCUGCUAGAUGAACCCCAGGGCUAGGGCCGCCAGGCGGUGCGUUCUGCCUGCGCGGGGCUGAGAGGGGCCGGGGCCGGGGCCAGGGGUCGCGCUGCUAGCCGCCCGCAAAGCAGUCCGGGCCGCAACGCUGCGCCCUCCGCCCUGUUUCUGCACCCGUCUGGGUUCUUGUCUCGCCGUCCGCAAGCCUUCCCGAGCUCAGGGUGGUGAGCCGCGGAGACCCGUGAUAAUUCGUUAACUAAUUCAACAAACGGGACCCUUCUGUGUGCCAGAAACCGCAAGCAGUUGCUAACCCAGUGGGACAGGCGGAUUGGAAGAGCGGGAAGGUCCUGGCCCGGAGUGGUGUGACACUUCCCUCUGUGACCAUGAAGCUCUGGGUGUCUGCAUUGCUGAUGGCCUGGUUUGGUGUCCUGAGCUGUGUGCAGGCCGAAUUCUUCACCUCUAUUGGUCACAUGACUGACCUGAUUUAUGCAGAAAAAGAGCUGGUACAGUCUCUGAAGGAGUACAUCCUUGUGGAGGAAGCCAAGCUUUCCAAGAUUAAGAGCUGGGCCAACAAAAUGGAAGCCUUGACUAGCAAGUCAGCUGCUGAUGCUGAGGGUUACCUGGCCCACCCUGUGAAUGCCUACAAACUGGUGAAGCGGCUAAACACAGACUGGCCUGCGCUGGAGGACCUUGUCCUGCAGGACUCAGCUGCAGGUUUUAUCGCCAACCUCUCUGUGCAGCGGCAGUUCUUCCCCACUGAUGAGGACGAGAUAGGAGCUGCCAAAGCCCUGAUGAGACUUCAGGACACAUACAGGCUGGACCCAGACACAAUUUCCAGAGGGGAACUUCCAGGAACCAAGUACCAGGCAAUGCUGAGUGUGGAUGACUGCUUUGGGAUGGGCCGCUCAGCCUACAAUGAAGGGGAUUAUUAUCAUACGGUGUUGUGGAUGGAGCAGGUGCUAAAGCAGCUUGAUGCUGGGGAGGAGGCCACCACAACCAAGUCCCAGGUGCUGGACUACCUCAGCUAUGCUGUCUUCCAGUUGGGUGAUCUGCACCGUGCCCUGGAGCUCACCCGCCGCCUGCUCUCCCUUGACCCAAGCCAUGAACGAGCUGGAGGGAAUCUGCGGUACUUUGAGCAGUUAUUGGAGGAAGAGAGAGAAAAAAUGUUAUCAAAUCAGACAGAAGCUGAGCUAGCAACCCCAGAAGGCAUCUAUGAGAGGCCUGUGGACUACCUGCCUGAGAGGGAUGUUUACGAGAGCCUCUGUCGUGGGGAGGGUGUCAAACUGACACCCCGGAGACAGAAGAGGCUUUUCUGUAGGUACCACCAUGGCAACAGGGCCCCACAGCUGCUCAUCGCCCCCUUCAAAGAGGAGGAUGAGUGGGACAGCCCACACAUCGUCAGGUACUACGAUGUCAUGUCUGAUGAGGAAAUCGAGAGGAUCAAGGAGAUCGCAAAACCUAAACUUGCACGAGCCACUGUUCGUGAUCCCAAGACAGGAGUCCUCACUGUUGCCAGCUAUCGGGUUUCCAAAAGCUCCUGGCUAGAGGAAGAUGAUGACCCUGUUGUGGCCCGAGUAAAUCGUCGGAUGCAGCACAUCACAGGGUUAACAGUAAAGACUGCAGAAUUGUUACAGGUUGCAAAUUAUGGAGUGGGAGGACAAUAUGAACCACACUUUGACUUCUCUAGGAAUGAUGAGCGACAUACUUUCAAGCAUUUAGGGACGGGGAAUCGUGUGGCCACUUUCUUAAACUACAUGAGUGAUGUAGAAGCUGGUGGUGCCACCGUCUUCCCUGAUCUGGGGGCUGCAAUUUGGCCUAAGAAGGGUACAGCUGUAUUCUGGUACAACCUCUUGCGGAGCGGGGAAGGUGACUACCGAACAAGACACGCUGCCUGCCCUGUGCUUGUGGGCUGCAAGUGGGUCUCCAAUAAGUGGUUCCAUGAACGAGGACAGGAGUUCUUGAGACCUUGUGGAUUAACAGAAGUUGACUGACAUCCUUUUCUGUCCUUCCCCUUCCUGGUCCUGCAGCCCAUGUCAUCUUCAAGUUCAAUGUGACAGACACCUUUGUAUGUUCCAGUUUCUAUCAGGCUGGUUUUUGGAGAAAUGAAUGUUUGUCUGGAGCAGAGGGAGACCAUAUUAGGGCGAGUCCUGUGUGACUGAAGUCCCAGCCCUUCCGUUCAGCCUGUGCCAUCCCUGGCCCCAAGACCAGGAUCAAAGUGGCUGCAGCAGAGUUAGCUGUCUAGCGCCUAGCAAGGUGCCUUUGUACCUCAGGUGUUUUAGGUGUGAGAUGUUUCAGUGAACCAAAGUUCUGAUACCUUGUUUACAUGUUUGUUUUUAUGGCAUUUCUAUCUAUUGUGGCUUUAACCAAAAAAUAAAAUGUCCCUGCGAGAAGCCUUAAA